UUCUUCUUUAUUUCUGAUAUUAUCAAUAAAGUUCUCAUCUUUUUAAGCUGUUGCUUCAUGUGGGAUGUGGGGUGCUUUGAUUUCUCAACCUCUUUGCUUUGUUAGCUUUUUUCCUCAUUUGGGUUUCGUUCAGUCUCUGAAUGAUCUUGUGGACUUAAGUCCUGGAAUUUGAUUUUGUGAUUUUCUGCUGGGAUAGACAGAGAAGAGAAGAAAUCAUUCAAAUGCCUGUGUUCCUGAAUUGACUUUUUGAGAGAAGGGUUGUUUGACAUUGGCAGGAGAUGCAAAGAUGGAGAAGAAAAGGAAGAUUGUGCAGUAUAGGGAGAGGCUGGACAGGACCCUUGCUUCACCUGAUCUUACAAAUGAUGACUUGCUCAAAAAGCUUGUCAGAAAUCAACUUUUGCUUUCUUCAGAACCUGAAGUAGAAGGAUAUAUAGAUCAAUUAGCAGAAGUCAAGACUGCAGAUGUAUCUCACUUUCUUGAUAUGUUGAGGAGUGUUUCAUCAGAUGAUAGUGGAAGGUCUAAUACGUCUCACACUGAUUGGAAAUUAAAACAAGAUGGUGAAGAGUUUCGGGUUAUGUAUCGCGAAGGACCAGAAGGGACCCCCUUUCAUACAAUGCUUGUAGAGGGCUUUGUAGAUGGGCCUGUUGAUGCUUGUUUAUGUAUCUCAUGGGAGACAUACCUUUACAAAAAAUGGUGGCCUCAGUCUACUGUUCCCACUUUCAAAAUCUUAUCAACUGAAUGCUUGCAGAAGGUUGGGAUUGGGGAGCAGUUAUCACUCGUGAGGAUGAAGGUUUCAUGGCCUCUGUCUACGAGGGAAGCUAUAGUGCACUAUUAUCUGUUUGAGUACUUUCAAGAUGACUUAAUUGUUGUUCUUACAAACUCGGUUUCUGACUCGAAGAGUGCCACAGAGACCCUUUACGGCUUCAACAAUGAAGUAAUUCCUGAAGCAAAGGAUGUCGUGAGAAUCGAUUUGGUGGGAGGCUUUGCUUUGCAAAAGGUGACAUCAGAAAGAAGUUAUUUUCGGACAAUAGCAAAUAUGGAUGUAAAGCUGGAUUUUGUGCCACCAUCCCUUAUAAACUUUAUUUCAAGGCAGCUCAUUGGCAAUGGUUUCAGACUUUUUCAGAAGGCUGUGUCUUCUAUGACGAACCACGGUAAAGGAGAAUUCAGCAAGGCCUUAGGGGAUCCAUUAUAUGUUAGAAUUCGUGAAGCUCUAUACAACAACACUAGUGUAUCAAAGGCCAGGAAUGGUGGAGAGCUUCAACAAGUUGCAACAGCUGAAGAUCUUGCUGAAAGCAAGCAUGAAAAGGAAAAAGAUACAUCCAAGGAAGAUAUAAGUAACCAAUAUGCAAAUAAUGUCAUGCCAAUGACAACGAAUACAGAAGAACUAGGUAGUAGCAAAACAUUUGGUGAGAUUGUAGAAGUAGAUACUGAAGAAAUUGUACAAAUUGAGGAGGGCAAUAAAAAAGUAGAAGACAUUCCAAUCAAGGAAGUUCACUCGAGUGUAAUAAGAGGCAAGAGGAGUGUAUAUAUUAGAUCAGAGGUACAACAUGCACUGCAAACAUUAGACAAGGCUAUUUCAAUGGUUCGUGAACAAAGAUUGACCCCUUUUAUUAAAGAUGAUGAUAGAGAGCAUUCAUAUUCCUUAAAACUCACUCAAAUAAGCUCCAAAACUGAUGUUAGAGAUGAAGUACCAAACGGAGAUAUUCCAGAGGGAUCUUUGCAACAAGGGUAUGACACUAACUCUGGUAUCCAAAACUCAAGGUAUACAGGAACAAAUGCUAACUUGAAGGAAGUAAAUUCUAACAAAGUAGUACCAACUUCAUUGGAGCAGAAUCUUCCAACAGCUAUUUUGUCAAGCCAAGCUGUUUCAUACCCUUUGGAAAAUGGAGCAAUUCAGCAUCAAACAACAAUCAGCAACAAGCUAUUGAACACUGAUUCAGUUGAAAAUGUUCCUUCAGAUCAUGCAGAAAAACAAAGCAAGCAGAAAAAACUAAAUACCAUUGCAACUCAAGAUAUGAAUUCAGAGGUACCAAAGAAGUUAUGCAGGCAGAAAAAAAUCUGGCAUUUGUUUUCUGCAUUAACUAAAAGGAAAAAGGGUUAAAUAGGAAAGAGAAGAAGAAGAAGAAGAAAACAGGGUAUUUUGAGUUAUCUUGUCAACAUGUCAUCCAAGCCCCAAUAACUCAGUACAGGUUUUGUAUACCUCAACACAGUUGUUACUUGUAUAAGGGUUAAUUUAUCAUGUUUUCCAACAGGGUUCUCCCUUUUGUUUUUGUUGGAAAUUGGUGUAUUCUUUUUC